AUCAUUUUAAAUCUUCAAUCUCUCGUACAGCAGAGAUCAUACACUGUGAGGUAGAGGAUCGUGUGGAAUAUUACAGUGUUUCACCUGGGAUACUUUGUAUUUCAGAACAAUUUAUAGUCGCUUAACUUUGGCUAUUUAUAAAAACAAUUCUGUCUACAUAGAUAGGUUUUUCACAAGCACUUAAUAUUGUUUACCAAAGAAAUGGUGAUGGAGAAGCCAAGUCCCCUGCUUGUAGGGCGGGAGUUUGUGAGGCAGUAUUACACACUCUUAAACAAAGCUCCAGAUUUCCUGCACAGAUUUUAUGGGAGAAACUCCUCCUAUGUUCACGGAGGACUUGACCCAAGUGGGAAGCUUGCAGAAGCGGUGUAUGGGCAAGCGGAAAUCCACAAGAAGGUCAUGUCCCUGCAGUUUAGUGAAUGCCACACAAAGAUCAGACAUGUGGAUGCCCAUGCCACACUGAGUGAUGGGGUUGUGGUUCAAGUGCUUGGGGAACUUUCCAACAAUGGUCAACCCAUGAGGAAGUUUAUGCAAACAUUUGUGCUUGCUCCAGAGGGUUCCGUGGCAAACAAAUUCUAUGUCCAUAAUGACAUCUUUCGUUAUGAGGAUGAAGUUUUUGGAGAUUCUGAAGCUGAGCUUGAUGAGGAAUCAGAGGAGGAAGUUGAAGAGGAGGCAGAAGAAAGGCAGCCAUCUCCUGAGCCACUUCAAGAAAGUCCCAACAGCACCACCUACUAUGAACCCCACCCUGUUACUAAUGGGGUCGAGGAACCCAUGGAGGAGCCUGCUCCUGAACCUGAGCCUGAGCCAGAACCAGAGCCUAAACUAGAGGAGAUAAAACCUGAGGCAGAAGAGAAAGUCCUGGAGGAAAUGGAGGAGAAGGCACCGUCACCAGCCCCUGUGGAAUCCCCACCCAACCCCCAAGAACCUCCCAAGACUUUCUCCUGGGCCUCCGUGACCAGUAAGAACCUGCCUCCAUCUGGCACAGCCACCUCUGGAAUUUCACCCCAUGUUGUCAAAGCUCCAAGCUCACAGCCAAGAGUUGAGGCCAAACCAGAGACGCAAACAGCACCCCUGCGUCCCAGAGAUCAGCGUACGCGUGACAGACCAGCCUUUGCUCCUCGAGGUCCUAGACCUGAUGGUGUUUCAUCUUUGGAGUCUCAACCUGGAAAACCACAUCUGAGUUUUCUUAACAAAGGUGGCAGGGGAGAUUCCGAAUCUGGUGACAUGGACAGCAGGCGGGUUGUCCGAUAUCCUGACAGCCACCAGCUUUUUGUUGGCAACCUACCACAUGACAUUGAUGAGAACGAACUUAAAGAGUUCUUUAUGACAUAUGGAAACGUGGUGGAGCUGCGGAUCAACACCAAGGGCGUGGGUGGAAAGCUGCCCAACUUUGGAUUUGUGGUCUUUGAUGACUCUGAUCCCGUGCAGAGAAUCCUUGGGGCCAAGCCCAUAAUGUUCCGAGGCGAGGUACGACUGAAUGUGGAGGAGAAGAAGACAAGAGCAGUGCGUGAACGAGAGACCCGUGGUGGAGGAGACGAGCGCCGGGACAUGAGGCGCAACGACCGGGGCCCUGGAGGGUCUCGAGGCAUCGUGGGAAGUGGAAUGAUGCGAGAACGGGAUGGUAGGGGACCACCGUCUCGAGGCGGCAUGGCCCCCAAACCUGGCAUGGGCUCUGGAAGAGGCUCUGGAGGCCAGGGAGAGGGUCGCUUCACAACCCAGCGCCGCUGAGAAGAGCACCACCUGCAGUGUGGAAGUAGUACAGUGUUCUUCAUCUUCAACCGUUCUCGUUAACAAAAAGAAAUCUUCAUGUAUAAACGUAUAUAUUUGUUUUUUGUUUAUUUUGUAUUUUUUGUUCCCUCUUUGCUUUGGAAUGUGACACAGCCUGUCAACCAUUUGUUUGUGAAAUAGACAAAAUAAGCAAACAAAAAUUUUGCUUGUUAGUUGUGAGCUGAGCAUCCUUUCUGGGUAUCUCAAGAAAUCACAGACUUUAAUUUGUAAAUUCGUGAAAAAGGCAAACCAACCAGGAGCAAUCUGCCACAUUAGGAGGGACUGAUAAGACUUUAAACUACGGUAAUACAGCCCAUCAUUUGGAAAAGAGAUUAUAUGCCUUGACUUAACUGGGGUGCUGCUUCACGAAAUCCCUCUAUUGCACAUUUUAUAUGGUAGUUUUCUGCCCGUUACUGUUGGAAAAGAGUGAGAUGCAGAAUUUGCGCAGUUCCAAAGGAAAAGCUUGCCUUUUACUUUUUUCCUUUUGAGAGACCACUGCUUCAGAAUUGCAUAAUGUACUCAUCAAUAUGCACUAAUGGGUACUUUUGUCGUGUUACAUUGACAUCCAUGCUUGGAACGCAGCUGGAGAGACCUGUUUCGUCUCAAAGCGAUACGACUUACCGGGGCAGGCCUCGCUCACAGCCCAUAUGCUGUGGCCAAUGAACUUUUCUCACUUUUGACCCAAAACUACGCUUCAAUUUCUGCUGGAUGGACAAGAUGACAAGUAAAUCUGCAUUAUAUUUUUCCUUGUUUAUAAACCAAACAAAAAUCUCAGUUCCUGGACUUUUACUAACAAACAAGUGUGGGGGCAAAGGAUAAACAAGAAACAAAGUUGAACAAUAGAAAAGUGCUGGUCAAGGUGGCGGCUCGCUCGGUUUUCUUUCAAUUCAAAGUUUUUGUUUCUUCAUGUUUUUCCCUGCCAGCUAGACCACAAAACUGGGAUGAUGAUACCUCCCUCUUCCUUCCCUUCCCAUUGUUAGGUGCGGAGUAACGGAAUAAAUGUACAGCAAAAAUCAUAGUAUACUGUGUUUGUUUCUAUGUGUAUAAUUUCCAUUUCUCUCAACUUGAUAAAAGCAUGAUGGUGCCUUCUAUUUCACCUUUUCCAGUCUUACUAAAGCAGUUUGAGGCGUGCUGCCUGCUAAUAUAUGGAGCUGCUUGUUCUGAACUAUUGUCUACUGGAGCAGUUAAAAAACAAAUAGUAUUGACAAGAUUUAAGUUUAUUUCAGGUGCAUUUUUCAUUUUUCCAUACUGUUUUACUACCUAAGGUGAUCUGCUGUGAGUUUUGUACAUUUGUUUUGUAUUGUCUGUCUUGGGUUUUGUAGAGACAAUAGGUGCCUCCAGUUCUGUUUGCUAUAAAAUGGUGAAUAGGUGCAUCUGAAGAGCUACUCCCACUUUAAGGUACAUUAAAAUGGUGACAGUGAAACGCUUGGGUCUUGGUUUAAGAAGACAUAGCUCCACCACCAUUAUUUCAGUGAGCUAAGGUUUCCAUUUUGGAAAGAGUAAAUAUCUCACAACAGUUUGAUGCAUUGUUGAUACUUGUUUGAGUCUGGCCAUAGUAUCUGCAACCUACGGCAGAAUUUGGCUUAAUCCCUGGACUUAAAAGUUGUCAGACUGUUUUUUUCCUCAACAACUUUUUUUGUAAUGAUCUGUGUGCUUGGGCUGGCCCUAUCUCCAGCCUACAGACAAGCAAAUAAUUGUGCUCACUUUUCUAGCUGUUUAUGCAUUUGUAUUUUCAUAUGCUGAUGAGUCAUUGUGCUUGCUCAUUAAUUUUUCCAUUCAAGACUAGUCUCAUUUGAACUGGGCCGCACAAGUUGGCCCACUGACAUAUUUUGCUUUUACUAUUGGGUAGGGAGGGAAGACCUUUGGUUUCAGCUGGGACGAAAAACGUGAUCUAUGAAAUGUUAUCAUUUUUGUUUGUCUUGCACUGAUGAGGAAAGUGAGAUUUGAUGUAGCAUUUUCUGGACUAAUAUACUAAUGAGGUCUUCCUUGUCUGUUGGUAUUGCACUAUUUCCAACAAUUCUGGGACAAUCUGUCAGUUUAAACACAGCCUCUCCAAAAUUCUCAUCUGGAAAUGAAAAAUCAAAAUACUAGUGCUCAUCUUCUCGGCACCAAAUGUUUGCUUUCUCACACUUCAACAGAAUUUGAUGUACAGACUUGGCUUAUUCAAUAUAGUUUUCCACAGUGAUGCUCAGUUCCUCAAUCUUGUAUUUGUGAGUUUAAUAUGUUCAGAUGUGAGAAUAGUUUUCAAUACACAGACUUGAUUUGUUACCACCAGCCUUUGACCCAGUGUUGGGGAAUAAAGAACAGUUCUUUAAGUGUUUUUAACAGACAGUUCUCAAGGGUGCCUCUGCCCCUAAUGUUUGUCAGGUAAUUACUCAGCAUGGGCACUGCAAUUGUACGUCUAACCGCAAUGGUCGGUGAAGAGGAGCCAUCAUGCUUUCAGACCAAUAUUGUACUUAUUACAUUACAGCAUUACAAAUGUUUGAGAAUAUGAAAUUUACACUCGGAUAAGUCUCCUUGACAGAGGUUUUCAACAACCAAGCCUUCUCCAAGCUAAAAGGAUCCUCAAAUACAAAACAAAGAAUAAAAAAGCUAAUAAUUUAUUUUUCUGCUGUUGGAAAAGUGGAUCCUCAUUCGUGAAGUCAUUCCAUUGUUUUCAAGUGGAAAUAGAAAGUACCCUCUUGGCUUUAGCAGGUGUGGUAAACAGUUGGCUGCCAUCUUAUUUUUUUACUGUGUUUACCCUUUACUUGUUGCUAGUAGAAAACUGUUGCAGGUGGAGAAUCUUUUUGUUUCCUUUCCAUUAUGAAUGUGUUGGACUUUAACAUACAAUAAACUACUGAUAUCAGCACUA